AUGUCCCCUAAAUUCAUGUCCAAUUCUGAUGAAGAGGACCAUGAUACUCAUCACCACACUUAUUGGAAAGUAUCGAAUGUCACUCAUCCAUAUGCAAUAAACCCGAACAACAAGACCACAAGACAAUGUUCAAUUCUCUUUUAUGUAUACAAAGACAUUUCUCCUCCCAUCCAUCUGUACUACCGUCUAACCAAUUUUUACCAGAACGAAAGGGAGGAUGCAAAGGUUUCACAAAGUCAAAUUCCUUCGUCAUCUAUCCAUGCGGGCUGGUCGCGAAUUCCAUUUUUAAUGAUUGAUACAUCACAGUCAACAGUUGCUACCUAUAAUAUCACAAAUAUUACUUAUAAUUUUACUUCUACCGGUAUUGCGGCGCCCGGGGACAGUUCAAAGUAUGGUAAGACGCAUUAUAGUUUGUCGGAGAUCAGGCCACCACCAAAUUGGGAGCAUAGAUAUCCCAAUGGAACGUACACGGAGGCUUUCCCCCCAAUAAAUCCAGCGGAAGACGAGCAUUUUCAAGUUUGGAUGCGCAUUGCUGGCCUCCCGAAUUUUCGAAAAAUAUAUGGAAAGAAUGAUUCGGGUGUGCUGACGGCCGGUUAUUACCAAAUUGACAUUGAUACAG